AUGUACGCUACCUCUAAACUGAUAAUCCCUGCGAAAACAGCGCAGGAUUCUCCAUAUGUACCAAAAAUUCGCAUUUUCCUACGACCGUCAUCAUCUCUGGACAAAAGUAGUGACAUGGGAAGUUUGCUGGCGUCCGACAGUCUCAUGGCGGAUGUCUCUCAGGAAAAUCAAAACGAAGAUAGCGUUGUAGAACACGGUGAUACAGCGAAGAACUCUAACUUUCCACCGGUCCUACCACAGAACCCGGCAGGGAAGGUGCCAAAGCCUUUGCAGGAUCAGGUUCGUAGUGGUCGAAAACGCAAACUCGUUGGAAGCUUAGACAAUAUCGACUUUGAAAGAAGGGAUUCUCUGCUUACCAAAGUAAAUCUAAAAAAAAUUAUUAACAUGGAUACGUUUGAAGCGUUGCCUGUAACCUCUAGGCGUCGCUUAUUAACCCUUCUCCCCGUCCACGACCAGACGCCUCCACCGAAUACAACAGUGUCAGCAAUGGACAUUGAUUAUUGGAUCCAUCCCACUGCACUAAACAACGAAUUCCUCUCCAAAGCCUUGCAGGAUUACUCCAUUCGUCAAAUGAAUGGAGAGUUUUCACCCCGGCUAAACUCCCGCACGGGUCUUCGAAAAUCAGUCGGAAAUCGACAGCGCUAUUUGAGUCCCGCUGUUUCUCCCGUUUCGAUUCCUCACUCAUCAACGCCUCUACUUCAGCCGACUGCCAAUACUACCAAAGAAGAGCCUAAUUCAACGCCAACAAUUGCGACUAGCAGCCCUCUCAGGACUAAUGGUGUAGAAUCACCGACCUCGCGGUUUCGAAACAAGUCCACUACCUUACAGAAUGCCCUUACAAAAGACCCCACGGAACUAAAAAUUGAGAACGAUUUGGAUAAAGAAGGCUCCAGGGAGUCUAGUAAUGCAAAGCUAGGCAAAGAACAGCACGUGAUUUCACAGUCAGUCUUCUCUCAUUUCGUCUCUACCUCCGCUUCCUCAGCCAUCGCAGCAACUUCUUCUUCCUCCUCAUCAUCUACUCUCUCGUCCUCACCAUCACCACACUGCCCCUCCUCUUCGAGUCCUUCCAGUGGUUUCUCACCCACAGCUUCGAGCAGCGCCGCUAACGCUAGUAAUCCCAUCCUUCCUCUGCAAUCUAUGGCUUCGGACGAACUGGAGCGGUCGACCACGCGACCAUCUCCUGCCCCCUCGGAUGUGUCCAUUCAGCGCCGACCUAACAUGCCCAAGCUUGAGUCUACUCUUCUGUUGCAAAACGGUGUUAAACCGCCACUCGAUCUUUCGUUGAGUUCUCCCAGGCGAUCCGCAAUCGGCGCAUCAUCCAGUCGUCGGCCUUCCCAGACUGGUGCAGAUUUUCCCUCAAGCAGCAGGCCACCGCUUGUGGUCGAUAGUACCACACCCACCUCCGUAACCAACCCCACCACCAUGCCUCCUCCACGAGAGACGAAGACUUUAGCCAGCGUGAGGGAGAAGUUACGCGCAAAGCGCCUGAUGAUGAGUCAGCAGCACCCUUGUCAAUCUCUGCCCUCUAAAGUGCCCUGUCAGCAGCGUCCCGCUCCAACGCUUGCGCCUGCUCUGCACGAACCUGCUCUAGGACCACCUGCCACUGGCAGUCUCACUCCCAAUCCUGAAACCAGCUUCUCCAGUGACCUCUAUAGCUGCCAGACUACCGGACAAGAGUCUGUUCCACCAAUCUCUGCGCCUGUGAUACAACCCCCGGCAGUUUUAAUUCAGCCGACGGGGAACAGUGUGUCCGCUCCUGCCACACCUCAACAUGGCAGUGCAGGUGGUGGAAUAGCUGGUCCUCUUCCUGCCAUUCUCGCUAACUUUAAGCAGGCUCGUGUCGUUGUUACUCCGUCACGAUCCGGCUCGUCAGUGAGUAGCAAUGAGGGUGGGAACGAUUUGACUGAUCCUGAUCAUCAGUUGCCGGAUGUCCAUCCCCAGCCUCAGUUAAUUCCACAAAAACAGCAACAGGCGGUCCAUCAGAAGCAGCCUGUGGCUCAACAACCACAACAGCAAUUAAUCGCUGUUCCAGCGAGUGCUUGUAGCGUUGGUGGAGGAACUACCACUACAAGGGCGUUCUUUGUUGAUGGUAACAACUUAACUGAGACGCUAGCUCUCCUUCAAUCCAUUAACCCACGUGCAACUGUCACACAACAGCAGUUUCUCCUGAUUCCCAGUACCGACAAGUCACACGCGAUUUUAUGUCGGACUCCCAUUGCUAUCCAACCAAAGCAGACACCCCCGCAGCCACAGGUUAUUCGAAGGCAUUCUGGUUCUACGUGUGCCACGACUACCUGUCCACCCGUAUCGGGCCCCACAACACCCACGGUUCUACCUCUCAUCCUGCCCGCGAGUCGGUCCCAGGAGCAUCAGCAACAGCAACAAGUACCCGCGAUUCCACCUGGUCUCUACCGUGAAAUUCUUCCAAAUAAUAAUACCGCUGGUACUGUGUGUAAUGUUCAGAGAAUACAUCAACCAACUCCUAUCCAACCUCAACAGCAGCCAACACAACUGAGGCCUGCGCAAACCUACUACAGUUUACUGGCCCCCAGUACUAUUAGCGCAUCAGGAGUAAACACUAAUCACAACAGUGUCAGUAGUACUAGCCACAACAUUAGUACCACAAACAGCAACAACAAUCCGCCGACAUCUUUCUUACCUCCACCCAGCUGA